GGGAGGCGGCCGGGGCCGCGCUGUGGCUGUGCCGCCGCCGAGCGCGGCACUCCGAGGGCUCCGGCUCCGCGCCCCGUGCGCCGCUGGAAGAGGGACGAGAAAGAGGAGAGAAAGAAACUUGAGCCGGGCCGACGGCCCGCCCGGCACGGCGCGGCCCCGGCGGGCCCCAGCGUGUGGUGGUGGAGGCAGCCGGAGAGCGGGGCGGGAUGGACAAGUACGACGACCUGGGCCUGGAGGCCAGCAAGUUCAUCGAGGACCUCAACAUGUACGAGGCUUCCAAGGACGGGCUCUUUCGAGUGGACAGAGCGGCCGGCAACAACCCGGAGUUCGAGGAGACCCGGCGGGUCUUUGCCACCAAGAUGGCCAAGAUCCACCUCCAGCAGCAGCAGCAGCAGCAGCAGCAGGAGAUGCUGAUGGCCACCGCUUCCCUCAAUGGUGGGGCUGGCUUGGCUGCAUCCCGGCCCGGCCUGCCCGCUUCUCGCGGUGCCAAGCCACCCCUGGGUUCAGCCGCCGGCACCCUGCCCCAGGUGGCAGCUGAGGGCCCUAGCAGCGGGCGGCCGGGCACCUGCAGAGCCUUCCCUGUGCCUGGGGAGCCGCAAUCCCCCGGCUCCCAGGCUGUGCGGCGAGGCUGGGAAGCAGAGCCCCGCGGAGACCCUCAGGAGAAUGGUGGUGAUGACCGGCGGGGCAGCCAGGGCCAGGAGCAGAAGCCAGCCGGGCAGAGGUCCUCCUCCUUCUCGCAGGUGCGCAGCCCUGCGGGUCCCUCGGAUGGGGCACCAGCAGCCACGCCGCAACACAGGUCCUCCUUCUCAGGCUCUGCGGCACAGCCAAGCCCAGGUUUUUUGGCCCUCACUGAGCCCUGCGGGCCAAGAGCCGGUGUGGAUGGGCCAAGCACAGAUGGCGGCCAGCUGUGGUACCAGGGUGGCUCACGGCCCUUGCCACCCAGCUCUGCUCCUGGGGGCCCCAGCGUGGACUACCAGCAAGCUGGCAUCCACCCCAGUCUCUCCAGUCAUUUUGUGGCCCACGGCCACAACCACCGGCCCAACGGCGGCCCCGAGUUGGGUGCCUCACACCUGGCAGCAGCACGUGGGCCGCUGACUUCAGAUACGCCAAAGCAGCCUUUCAAGGAGGGCACGAGCAGCCUCUAUCCUGACGGCGGGCACCAGGAGGGCUGCGGCGUGGCCAAGGUGAAGUUGCCCUGCCAGACCCUCCAACAGCCAGAGCAGGGGCCGUCUGCAGCUGAGCUGAAGCUGGAAGCACUCACUCAGCGCCUGGAGCAGGAGAUGGAUGCGCGGCCCAAGGCUGACUACUUUGGAACCUGUGUGAAGUGCAGCAAAGGGGUGUAUGGAGCCAACCAGGCCUGCCAGGCCAUGGGCAACCUCUACCACGAUGGCUGCUUCACCUGUGGAGCCUGCAGUCGGAAGCUGAGAGGAAAAGCCUUUUAUUUCGUCAAUGGAAAGGUGUUCUGUGAGGAAGAUUUCCUGUACUCUGGUUUCCAGCAGUCAGCUGACAGGUGUUUCAUUUGUGGUCAUUUGAUAAUGGACAUGAUCCUGCAGGCUCUGGGGAAAUCGUAUCAUCCAGGCUGCUUCCGAUGUGUGGUCUGCAACGAGUGUCUGGAUGGUGUGCCAUUCACUGUAGACACUGAAAACAAAAUCUACUGUGUCCGAGAUUACCACAAAGUUCUAGCUCCAAAGUGUGCAGCAUGUGGGCUUCCCAUUCUGCCGUCUGAGGGGUCUGAUGAGACCAUUCGGGUUGUGUCUAUGGACAAGGAUUACCACGUGGAGUGUUAUCACUGUGAGGACUGUGGGAUGGAACUGAAUGACGAAGAUGGGCAUCGCUGUUACCCUCUGGAUGACCAUUUGCUUUGUCACUCCUGUCAUCUGAAACACAUAGAGAAUGGCACAACCCCAGCAGCUGUGUACCAGCGUCACUACUAGCUGACGUGGCUGACAGCUGGGAGCCCUGGCAGACCAUUUGUUGUGUGAUCACCCCCUGCCUACCCACCGUUGAUUUUCUGUGCAAGUUUUUCUCCAGUUGGCAAUUUUCCUGUGAAAGGAUAUGAGAGAGUAUUGCUGGAGUCACAGAGUCUGUAUGCAUUUGAGUUCCAGCUGUACCAAACUCUGUCUACUCGAUCAGGAAUGUGGCAUGUUAUCUGAACUGAUUGGUUUACUCUUACGUGCCUUUUUCUGCUUCUUGGAGAUUCCUUUGGGCUCAUUUUAGAGGAUUAUUGAGUGAAAGCACAACUUGCUAUCAAGCCAAUGAACUCAGAUCAUGCCAUGCACAGUUGAAAAGUGGGAGGCUGGCUUGCCUGCCUGCUGGGAAUGCUCCAUCAGUCUACUGAGUGAUUCCUGACAAGAACAUUUCAUCACAUUCUCCAGAGGACAUCAUAUUAUUAAUACGAGGUUUUAGACACACUCUCUUAGUAAUACUUUAGAAAAUAAAGAAGUCUUUGCAAAAUAGUGUGCUAAGACCUCCCAGUGCAUGCCCUGAACUCUGGUAUAUCAAGUGUGGCUGUAAAAGCACCAACUCUCCAAGCACAGCCCAGGCGUGUUGGCUGUCAGUGGGAGACAAUAUCCCAUUUUGAACAGAACAAGAAACUGGAACAAGCUGGGCUAAGCUACUGUGAUGACUGGAUACGAGCUGCUGUAGAAUGUCACAGCAAUAUACAGGGACCGUCUGCUUUGUCACAGUGCGAAUAGAGGAUCAUGUUUGGAAAAAUUGGGAUGCUGGUAGUAUGGAUGUGAGGGAAAUCCAUCCCUGUUCUUGCUUACAGAGCUCACUUUGGAAAAGAAGUUCUCCACGUACAGAUAUUUGCCUGAUGUUUUCAUGGUUUGUCCCCACAGCUCAGCCCCAGCCUGGCCACUCCUCAGUGUUUACCCAGCACAAAGCCAUUUUAUAGUGGUGCUUAUUUAGAGCUCUGGGAACAAGCUCAAGAUCAUUCUAAAGGCUUUGUUAUAGUGGGAUUUAAAGUCCAGCUCUACAACCUGUACUCGCAUCAGUCCAGCCACUGGUAUAAACAGAUUUGCUCACACGAAUAAUGUCAGCUUAUCUGAGUGAGGGACUGGGAGUUUGGCUCUUUUUUUCUAUUCUGUUGAAAAAGCAAAGGCUGACAGUGGCACUGAGACUCUAGAAAUGAGCUCUUGCUGAGAACUGGCUGUGGUUCAACCAUACAUCUUUUCCUAUAGCACAAAUGUAGCUAGACAUUCACACCGUGUCAUCGGAGCACCUUCAGUACUCAGCUGGAGCUGUACCUCUAGUGUUCAAAGUAGUCCUUCAGGGAAGCACAGCUGACUUGCCUUUUUAACUGUCAGGGGUAAAACCUCUUUUUUCAACCACCACUGCAGGACAGAGGGCUCUGUCCUGUGAAGCCCUGGCUGCAGGUUGCCUCACCUUCUCUCCACUCUGGCUCAUGGACCUCAGGCCUGGACGCAGGGUUGUCCUUUACCCCUGCCAUCAUGGGACUUUUCUCCCCAGCAAUCAGCAGCUUGCCUUUUCCUCCCAGGCAUCUCAGCAGCCCUUUUGCUGUUGUGUCUGCCAGUGCUGAUAAAUACUGUGCUUCUCCAUUUGGAGUGGUGCAAGGUACUGUGCAAAGGAUUAAACAGAAGUACGAGCAUCUGCUUUAAUAUGGAGACUGGUAGCCUGCUAGCACCUCCUACACGUCUGCUUCAGUUUAUCUCCUCUAGGUUGAGGAGCUGGAAGAUCUUGGUGUGGACUUGCCUGAGGCUGGCCUUCUGUCCCACCCGGCUGGGAGCAUCUCUGCCCUUAGGGAUGAUUCUUGGGAUGCCAGCUGGGGGCAGCUGGGCUCUGUGGCUCCAUUCUUCCAGGGGACUUACGGCCCUUCAGUGAUGACCGAAAGCCCGUGGUGGAUAUGUCCCAUUGCAGUAUGCAGAACAAGCCUUACCUGUGAUGUUAGAAGAGGUAGAAUUAAUCUGAAAUACAUGAGCUCCCUACAGCCUUCAACUGGGCCUCCAAAUGCUUGGAUGGUGCUGUCUCUGAGGCCAGCUGCUGCACAGCUGAUGCUUUGGCUAGCUCUUUGGUUUGGGAGCAUGUUCUUAACACGUAUUUUCUGACCUUCAUUUUGGGAAGAUCUGAAAACAAUAGCAGGACUGAUUUUUUUCUUUCUCUACAGUGGUUUAAGAUUCUGUUUCACUCUUACAGCCUUUCCCAUCCCCCUACGAUAAGCAGAAAGAAAGGAGAAUUAGAGAAAUAAAAGAUUUUCCUUUGCAGAAAGCCCCAGCCAGCAGUUUGCAGUGAGCUAUCUCACAGCAGCCUCAUGCAAAGCAGUGGAAAGUUUAGCUUCUGCUUUCACAGUGUCUGGUUACUUCUGACAGCCUCCCUCUGCUCCUCUGGACCGGGAGAAUGCAGGCUGUCCUACUUUCAGGUUUGAGGUCCCAUGUAAAUUAUUAAGUGUGAAUGCUCACUUUUCAUGUAUUUACUAAGUGCUGGAAAUGACAAUGUGAAGCUGUUGAAAACUGAGUCUCUGAGUUCAUGGUUCUGAAGCUAAAGCAUACACUGCACUGCUUUUGCUCACCUGUGCGCCUUAACUCGUUCUGCUUUUAUGUGUGAGGAUUUGAAUUGGUUGGAGCUCUGUGUUAUCCCUGCCUCCUGCCCAGUGUGGGGGAGUCGCAGCCAAUGCCAUGUCCCGUUUGUCAGCACGGUGAAGUGCUGGGCCAGGAGAAGUCCUUUCCACAUUUGACUUCAAGAGAUUCCGCUGGGCCUUCUAUGGUCGUUUUGGCAAGAAAAUAAGGUCAGGGCAUAACUGGGCCAUUUGGAACAGUUCCAGUUUGCAGCUUCUUCUACAAAAGACGUAUGUUAAAUUCUGCCUAUCACCUGGCUUCUUCACACUGGGGUUUGCUAUUCACAUGGAUGUUGUCUUUAUUUAUUAAGAAAUGUGCUAGUCUAGCUUUUAAUUCCUACUAUAGCUUGCACUUCAGACUUGUUUUAGGGGAAGGGAUGCUUGGAAGUCCUGUUGUCCUGGUAAGGGGUAGCCCAAUAGUUAUUCAGAUGAUUUCCCUGAAACUUGUUUUCAGGAGCCAGUGUUUAAUAGGUUUUUGUUUAGAUCAUGCUGUUAAAUUUCUGUUGUUUGGAAUCACAGAAUAUCCCGAAUUGGAAGGGACCCACAAAGCGUAUUGAAUCCAACCCUUGGCUCACACGGGACCACCCAAAAUCCAAACCCAGUGUUUGAGAGCAUUGUCCAAAGGCUGCCUGAACUCCAGCACUCAGGGCCGUGCCCACUGCCCUGGGCAGGCUGCUCCAUGCCCACCAUCCUCUGUCCCUCACCCCCAGCUGCCUCUCCCCUGACACAGCUCCAUGCCGUUCCCCUGGGCCCUUGUCGCCGUCACAGAGAGAAGCAGUGGAGUCUCAUCAGCAGUGCAGUGCUAGGGUAGAGGUGAAGCAGGUUAGUAUGAGCGGUCUCUGUCCCUCAGGAGAAGAAAGUGUUCCCUGUUCUGAUUAUUAGCACCGGGCAAACAUUUCAUGUCCUUGGGUUUUAGCACUGGGUCUUUGGGGACCUCCACCUGUCCCUUCCACAAGCUCCUGGCCUUGAAACGUUACAGGUCCUUUUUUCAUGUUUAGCCCUUCUGUAUUUCCCUGGAAUUUUUGCCUCUUUAUUUCAGCGACAGUAAAACCAGAUCUUUGCUUAAAGGGAAUGCCAAACUCCUUCCAUCCUUUAGGCAGGCUCUGCCUGCAUCAGACUUCAGAUGCAGUGUCCAUGUGAACAGGAAACAAAUCCUGGAAUCACAGUGGUUAAAGUUGGAAAAGACCACUGCGAUCAUCUAGUCCAAGCAGUAACCCCUCCUCCCCGUGCCCAUUAACCACGUCCCCCAGUGCACAUGCUGGAGCACAUCUGUGCUGGAGCAGAGUUUGAGCAGUUUUGUUCCAGGCACAGCAUACCUGGGGAUUCUUUGAAAGUACCACCAAGCGGAGGGAUGCACGGAGAAGGAAGGAUGUGAAGGAAACACAUGCAGCAUGGCCAUGCACCCUGAAAGCAAAUCGGAGCCCGGCCAGUGGUACUUGUGCUCAUUUUGUAUGUUAUGGCUUCUUGAAAGCAUGACAUUGGGAUAGAGUGUCCUGCUGGCAUCACUAAGCACAGCCUCCUGCAGCAUAGCUCUGUUCGGUGCCAUUGGGUGUUUAUACAAAAUGGAGGCCAGCAGCAGCGGCCUGACCCUUGUAGUUUCAGUGAUUAAAGGCAAUAUGGUGAAGCA